GCGUGGAGGGGGGAGAGCGGGAGGUGUCUGACGUCGCGCCGUCAAGCGAGGAGCCGCCGCUGCCGCCGCUUUGCUUGCUUUUCCGUAGCUGCGCAGCGGCCUCCGGGCGAGAUGGAGAGCGCCAGCCAGGAUAUCAACCUUAACUCUCCCAACAAAGGUCUGCUGUCGGAUACAAUGACAGAUGUGCCUGUGGAUAACGCCAGCAGCGCCGCCGCCACGGCUGCUCCUCCUUCAAGGGCCUCGGCCUACAAUGGGCUCACUGAAGCUGAGGAAGACGAGCUGAGGGCUGAGCUGGCCAAGGUGGAAGAGGAAAUUGGCACCCUGCGCCAGGUAUUGGCUGCCAAAGAGAGGCACUGCGGAGAAUUGAAGAGAAAACUAGGAUUGACCCCCCUGGAUGGCCUGAAGCAAAACCUCUCCAAGAGCUGGCAUGAUGUCCAGGUCUCCAAUGCUUAUGUGAAAACCUCUGAGAAACUUGGAGAGUGGAAUGAGAAACUGACACAAUCGGACCUAUAUGUUUCGGCCAGCAGCACCCUGGACGACUGGAAUGAGAAAUUAACCCAAUCAGAAGCAUACAAGAAGACACAGGAAACGCUGUCACAGGCAGGACAGAAGACUUCAGCUGCCCUUUCCAAUGUGGGUUCUGUGAUCAGCAGGAAGUUUGGAGAUAUGAGGGCCCAUCCCUUCUCGCAUUCUUUUAGCAGCUACUCCAUUCGUCACUCGAUAAGUAUGCCAGCUAUGAGAAAUUCUGCAACAUUCAAGUCUUUUGAAGACCGAGUUGGCACCAUAAAGUCCAAGGUGGUGGGCGGCAGAGACAACGGCACUGAUGAGCUCCACUCCCCAUCAGCAUCUGGUGACAAGCCCUCCCAGGACAACGCACCUUUCUAAGUCUACGCCAGUGGUGCCCGACUGCCAGAGCCUCACCCCUUGUUCUUCCCAACAUGCAAGACGAAAGGAAAAGGGGCCCAGGCCCCACUCAGAAGAGAGAGAUCCAUACAUCAUAUGUAGACAUUUUUUGCUGCUGGGUUCUUCAGGUCCAAUAAAGUGAACACACCGUUUUUUGUACACUUAUAUAUUUUACACUAAAGGUUUCUAGAUGGAACACAUUGCUAUGCUGCCUUUUUUGGUAGAGCAUAAGUAAUGGGGAUUCUGCAAUUUUGGCCCAAGUUGCCCUUUGGGGCAUCAAAGUCCUGCGCUCUUUCUCCCACCCACCCCCAACCUCUUCUAAUGUGCGGGCAGAACGUUAUUUCUGUAUGUAAUGUAGAAAAAGUAGCUAUCGGAUGCACUAGCUGUACUGCACAGGGAGCCUUUCUGACUCUCGCUCCAUCUUCUGUUCUGCAUAGCUAGCUAGCUUUCAGCUGUUGUGGCUUCCUCUGCAGUUGGAAGCGCCGGGAAAGCUUUGGAAAUUUCCAUUUACGAUAUAUAACGGGGUUUUUUGGGGGGAGAUGAUAGAAAAUAUGUAGGACCUCUAUUUAGCAACUGCCUAGCUUUGCUACACUGAUUCUCUAGCUUUAAUGAAUCUCAGAAUCUUUAUUUUUUGGAAUGCAGUGGACUUUGGAGCAUACCAGCAUUUAGCGUCGUUCCUUAGGGGCCGUCUACCUUCGAAUGCUGAAGCUGGAACACGAGCCUUACAUCACCACCUGCUUUACUGGUUUAUAACCUUUUUGAUAUCUCAAAAACAUGGGGAAAAAUCUCUUCUUUUUUUGGUGGGGGAGGAAAGGGGAGGGGUUGAAGCACUGGAGUUCUGCAUCCUACCAUAGUAAUAGCAUGCGGAUGUGCUGGGUCUUGUGUUCAUUUCAGUGGUGCGUGACUUUGCACAUGCUUUUGGUCUCUCUCUCCUCUGAGUGUCUGGAACUUGCUUCUCUGCUUCUGGGGGUAGGCCUUUGUUUUUAGCAGCUUCUGGAGGCAGCUGCCUAUUUAAUCUGAUUAAAGAACAUGUUUUUUGGGGGUACAGGAGAUCCAUCCUUGGGGAUUCCUUCUCUCUCCCCCCCCCCCACGGAUUGGUUCUUCGGUCAGGAGCGUCCAUAAAUGUUUUGUGCGCUUAAUGUGGUGACAAAGAGGUCCAGCUCCAAUGCUUUUUGUUCGUAAGCCCUUGUCAAUCGGUCCUGGUCCCUGGCAGUGAUCAGUGUCUUGGCUCUAUUUUCCCUCAAUAACAAUUUUUGUGUGUGUGUGUAUGUGCUUAGGAGCACUACUGUUUUGUCCCCCACCCCCAAAAAAGCUGCAAACCUUCCACUGUCCUGACCUCUUAGUUCGAAGGCAGAGGUGCCUCUUAAAUUAUCUAAACCUUUCUGUGCCUUACAGGCUCAGUGGGGCUUCAGCAGUGCCCCAGGUACAUACGAUAAAGCUGUUUUGUGUCAAGGCAUUGGUGCCCCAGAAGGCUUCAAGCGCUUAUUUGCCCCCCCCUCCUCCCCAGUCCUCCGAGAAGCAAGUUGUGACACUUAAAUGCUGAUUGUAGAACUCUCUCCGUGUCCUGUGUUGCUGAUAGAUGACGACUACUGUGCAGACCUGGCACAAUAGGUGGAGAAAACCAUGCAGGAUGUGGGAAGUACAAUUUGCUGGAGUUUGUUCAAGGGUAAAGUAGCUUCCGGUGUCGGAAGGGGAAAGCGGUGUCAUUGAGGCAGGGAGCUGUUAGAACAGAGACGAAUCUGUUUCUCCGAUACAGGCGACUACUUGGGGGGGAAAGAAACUUUACCAAUAAAAUAUUCCUUUUGGAAAAGCAAA